AGCAUCUUUCGAUGCAUGCUAUUUUGUCCCACUGGUCCAAUAUUCCAGCCUUCCAUGACGCCAUUUUGCGUCGCACAAUACGAGUGCAAGAUGAUGCUUUGAUAACGUGUAACGCGUCCUCCGAUUAUUCGCAUAUAGAAGCAAAUCUAUCGAACCGUUGAGUAUCAGUCUUCCAUGCGUAGGUUCCAUUGUAUGAAUGUUUCGAGACCCAGUCCGUGAAUAUCUAUCGGAAAUUUGUGGGUAGAGCUAAUCAUAUCAAGUUCGAAUAUAUCUGUUACAAGCUUUUUAUGAUAGAUUUAUGACUUAGUCUUGGCAUUCUCUGAUCUUCUCACCUUCUUGAUGAGGACAUGAUAAGUGUUGUUUUUGAAUAUUAUUUCAGAAAAACGCGCUUAGUGAUGUUUUGUUACGAGAAUGAGAGACCUAUUACACAGUGGCACUGCCAUCACGGUUUGCGUGACGGUCCUCGUUGCUCUUCUCUUAGAGGUGACGUACGCAGUUGAUCGGUCUAACUUCAAAACGUGCGAACAGAGCGGCUUCUGUAGACGUAACCGUCGUCUCCAGCCAGGCCAAUCACCCUUUAUCGCAUUGACAACAACUGCCGAACAGAAAGAUGCAAGUCACGUCGAGUUGGACAUUCUUAACUCACACAACCAGCAAGCCUUCAUGCUUCGUCUUGAAGGAAUCGAGGGUGGCACUCUUCGGAUGACCAUCGAUGAAAAAAACUGCCCUGUUAGGCGUUACAUAGCACUACCAGCGCUUCGUUCGGGUAUCAAGAACAUUCCGAUCACGUUGAUAUCCAAGACAGAGGAUAAGUUGGAGGCCACAUUUGGAGCUGACGGCCGAGUAGUCGUUUCUGCUGAACCGCUGCGCAUUGACGUAUAUUCUAGAGACACCCUAGUGUUCUCUGGCAAUGCGCGUGGCCUUAUGGUGUUCGAGCACUAUCGACAUCGUGAACAUGAGAAAAAGAACGCUAAGGCUGAAGAAGAAAAAAAGGACGCAGAUGAUGAAGUAGACCCAUCGAAAGUUUCGUAUAACGAACGUGGCGAGAAGAUUGUGGAUGGAAAGAAAGCCAGCUUAUCGGGUGGAUUCUUCUCAAAGUUCUGGGAUGGUGAGGCGAAGAAGGACAUCGACGCCAAUGCUGACACUGAAAAGGACAAUUCGGAAAAUGCCCAUGAAGGAGCCAACAAGACAGGCGAAGAUCUGGAUGGUGCUUGGGAGGAGAACUUUAAAGGUCACAUAGAUUCGAAACCCCGAGGCCCGAUGUCUGUAGGCAUGGAUUUUACUUUUGAAGAUUUUACUUUCGUUUAUGGACUGCCCGAGCAUGCUGAUAGCUUCGCCCUAAGACCCACAAAGGACACUUCUCGAUGGCCUGCGUUAUGGUUCAGCAAAAGGGACAGCGGGUCGGCCAUAAGCAGUAAAACAGCCACUAAUCAGAGCGUGCCUAUAGAAAAAACGGAUCCGUACCGAAUGUACAAUUUAGACGUUUUCGAGUACGAAACUAAUAACCCGAUGGCGUUGUACGGAACCGUGCCCGUGAUGAUUGGACACAACGAGGAGCGAACUGUUGGCCUUCUCUGGCUAAACCCAAGUGAGACCUGGAUCGAUAUUGAAUCACCUGCCGGCGGAGUGCUAUCAUCUGUUGUUGACUUUGUUAGUAAUAAAAAGCACGAGACUCGACGUGAGACUCACUGGUUUUCGGAAACUGGGGUUAUAGACGUGUUCUUUAUGCUCGGCCCCAAACCAAAGGAUAUCGCGAAACAAUAUGCUUUGCUCACAGGAACAACACCUUUGCCUCCAAUGUUCUCUCUUGCUUAUCACCAAUCACGCUGGAACUACAAUGAUCAGGAUGAUGUUAGUGCUGUUGACGCUGGCUUUGAUGAGCACGACAUUCCUAUGGACGUUAUCUGGCUUGAUAUUGAGCAUACUGAUGGCAAAAGGUACUUCACAUGGGAUAGCAUUAAGUUCUCUAAGCCAGAAGAAAUGAUUCGCAACCUGACAGCAAAAGGACGACAUAUGGUAACUAUUAUCGAUCCACACAUUAAGCGUGACCCAAACUAUCAUGUACACUCGGAGGCAUCGGCUAAAGGCUAUUACGUCAAAGAUAAAGCGGGCAACGACUAUGACGGUUGGUGCUGGCCCGGUAGUUCGUCGUACCUAGACUUCUUCAAUCCCGAAGUUCGUGAUUACUGGGCAAAAAAAUUUGCUUUGGACCAAUACAAGGGCUCGACGGAGCAGCUAUUUACGUGGAACGACAUGAACGAACCUUCGGUCUUCAACGGACCCGAAGUGACAAUGCAGAAGGAUUGUAAGCAUGUGAGCGAUGUCGAGCAUCGAGACGUGCACAACCUUUAUGGUUUGAUGUUUACUUCAUCGACGUAUGAAGGCCAUUUGUACCGCUCCAAGGGCAAGUUACGUCCAUUUGUGCUUUCCCGAUCUUUCUUCGCAGGAUCUCAGCGAUACGGUGCAGUGUGGACAGGUGACAAUAUGGCAGCAUGGGAUCACCUUCGUGUGACGAUUCCUAUGUUGCUUUCGCUAUCGAUAUCUGGCAUUACAUUUGUAGGCGCAGAUGUGGGUGGGUUCUUUGGCAGUCCCGACAGUGAAAUGAUGAUCCGUUGGAAUCAGAUGGCUGCAUAUCAACCUUUCUUCCGAGGGCACGCUCAUCACGACUCAAGGCGACGCGAGCCAUGGCUGUUCGAUGAAAUUACCGUCAAUAUUUUACGGGAUCAACUCCGAAUGAGAUAUAGCAUGCUCCCACUUUGGUACACUCUUUUCUAUGAAAAUGAAAUUGAUGGACAACCGCCGAUGCGUCCUUUGUGGUGGGAAUUCCCAAUGGAUAAGGAGACGUUUGGAAUGGACGAUGCGCAUCUGGUGGGAGACCGCUUACUUGUGAAGCCGGUGCUUACGCAGGGUGCAACUAGCAUCGAUAUUUAUUUCCCAGGCAGAGACACUGUUUGGUAUGAUUACUUGACGCAUCAGAAAUUUGCGGGUGGCACCAAAGUUACACAGGCAGUAACUCAAGCCUCUAUCCCUGUAUUCCGACGAGGUGGAUCAAUAAUUUUUACUAAAGAACGCGUUCGUCGUAGUUCACCGUUGCAAGCUAAAGACCCUUACACCAUUACCAUAGCACUUGAUAAAAGCGGCACAUCUGCCAACGGAACGCUUUACAUUGACGAUGAAGCGACGUUUGAUUACCGUUCCGGAGCUCUAAUCUACUCGCUAGCACAAUACCGCGAUGGAGUUCUCAAUUACCAGCUCCUCAAGGGCCCAGGGAAUUUCACAACACCUGCGUGGGUGGAAAGAAUCGUUCUCGUUGGAGUACCUAAAUUGCCCACUAAAAUUACCUAUGGCGACCAACUCUUGGAGUUCGCUCAUGCUGAGCAAACCGUAACCGUCCGUAAACCCGGUUUCCAUGUGGAUUCGGCAUGGAGCAUCAAAUUCUAUUACUAGAUUACGUGACGCAAUUAGUCGUCGCAUAUACUGACACACAGAAUAUUUAGUGGGAGAAUGUGAUUUAAAGAAUAGCUGAAAGAUAAACUGAAGAAAUCGAUAUCGCAGGGACUGACCUAAGAACGCGAGCAGAUUACUCAAUAAUUCACAAGUAAAUCAUUCUUAGUUUAUUGAAUUAAUAGAACAGGCGGUUUUUGCUUGUAAUAAGGAGUAAAACCUAACAA